AUGUCGUUCUACGAAAGCAAGUCUCUCCUGCAACUCCGCACCCGCCACGCCGCAAUUCUCCGCCUAUUGGAAAAGAAGGACGUCCACAUCUCCUCGCAGGACAGGCAGCCCGCCGUCCGGAAUCUCCUCUCCGCCGAUGAUACCGACGAAAAGAUCGCCUGCGGGCACAAACUUCACCGCCUCGUUGCCAUCGCUGGAAAGCAUGGCAUAGAGAUACCUCCCGGGCUCCUGGCGCCGCUCAAAGACCAGGAGAAGCUCAGCUCCCUACCAGAGGAGCUUCUUACAAAUAUCAUCGAGCAAGUCAUCUUGGCGCGCUGGCGUCGCGAACUUCCUGCCGACGUGAACGAGGACGACUUGGCGGAGUGGGAAGCCGAUGUUCUGCGACCUUUCUUCUCAACUCGCAGCGGAAAGAAGACGGCAAAUGCGCCCAGUGGCAAGGAAGAAGAAGAUUCUGCGGAGACGAAGAGAUCGCGCCUAAGCCUCUUCCGAAUCGCGCUGCCGGCCUUCGUGGACCAUCUCCUCCUCUCAGCCGAUUUUGAUGGCGAAGACAGGAUCGAUGAGGAGAUCGAGGAUGACGAGGAGGAUGGGGACUUCAUAGAUCUCCAAGAUACCAUCAACGACUGGGCCGUUAUGCAUCCCUCUCGACUGCGGAAGAACGUCAAGCACGUCGAGAUAUGGGUCAUCUUGGGAGGAUUCGAUCGGGACAUCGACAGCAGCAAUGCCGUCUACCAGCCAGAGCAGCACCGUCGCAGAGUUGAAGCAGCAAGCCAACUUCUCCCACUGCUUCCGAGUAUUUUCCCCAAGAUGAGGGACCUGAACAUCACAUUCUACAUCUCCUCCAAAGAAGUCGACCGUCCCGCCAAGCCCUUCGAGCAGCCGUUGAGGCUUCACAGAGACGACACGGUACUCCUGCCAACCGAGAGACAGAUCAAGCAGGACUUGGUGAGGCUGGUACAACAAGUACGCAACUUGGAAGUGUCAAAGAAGACGGUCUCGCUGCGAGUACACUCCGACACGCCAGUUGUCACGGAAGAAGAGGAUCGCAGGGGAAAGACACGAGAGAGCGCCGAGGAGAUUGUGGAUAUGAUGGCGAAACAGAAAGAAGGGCACAAGUACGAGUUCGAAUUACUUGCCGAGAAGAGCGAACAGGAAAUUGCCGAUGAGAAGGCGCGGGAAGAGGCUGCAGCCCAGAUGGAGUGGGAGGGAGACAUGGAGAUUGAUGAGAUCGUAUGA